GGGACAGCAAAAGGGAAAGGACUCUCACGUCAUAAUCAUGACGUCCCCGGCAGCUGCCUGUUGUGCUGCCAACCGAUACCCUCCUUCAAACCGCUUCUCCUCGCUUGUCUUGCGGCUCGCCGGCUACCUGCAGUCCCUGUUCGUGGCCGUUUGCCUCGAAACCCACGCCCUCGUGUUGCUGGCCUCCCAGUAUGUUCCCCCGCUGGUGUGUCACGGCAUCGAUUGGGCUCACCAUGACCCUCUGGUUGGGUUCGGCUUCAUUUGUCUAUUUCUCGGCCUGGCUCUCUGGGUGACGCUGGUGCUGCCGGUGCGCGUGGCAGUGAUAGGCGGGAUGGUGGCUGUUGGGUGUGCGGUGCUGCUGGUGAGGGGCGGGAUGUGGGUGAGUGCCCACGGGGUGAGGGAGAUGGUGCCAACCUGGAUGGACGAGCUCAUGAUGAGGUGCAGCGUCAUGGACAUCGUCGCACCUCUACUGCAGGUAGGUAACAAAGACAGACAGACUGACUGACUGACACGAAGACAGACAGCGUGGCGUUAUGGUGAUGGUCUGUCUGAUAUGUUUGCUGGUUGUCGUUUCCUGUCGUGUGAUGUGAUGCGAUGUGUGCAGAACGGCGCUUUGCCCUUCUACGUUCUGCGUUUUUGGAUAAUCGUCUUCCUGCACCCCACGGAGCACGAGCUCACUGCCGUCCUCGAGGGCAGCGACCCCCUCUUCCUACGGCUGCUCGCCACGCGAGGCCUCGUACACCUGCUGCCCCAGUUGGUGCAGCGCAUCUACGACCCCAACACACACGCGGGGCCGCACCACAUGACGCCUCCCCCAUCCCCCUUGCCAUUGCCAGCUCUCGCGCCACCGCCGUCGGCCCCCCCGGCUGCUGCGCCCGCGGCUCUAGCAAUACGAGCCCCCCGCGUCAACGAGGAGAGACGGGAGCUUAGAGCGGCAUUCGAGCAAGAGAAGGCAGAGACUCAUGGCGAGAAGCACAAGACCGUCAGGAGGCCGGAGGGUCUGCGUGACAGGGCCGGCACCGGCGGAGAGGGGUCGGAGAUGGUGGUGGUCAAGGAGGCCAUGAAAGAGAUGGAGGAGCUCAGCGAGUCCGAUGGGAGCCCGCCCAUCAGCUCGGACACGGGGGCCAUCGCUAUCCCAGAGGAGAGGAAACAGACCAAGAGGCCACCGCACGUACGCACAACAUCUGGCGACCACGAGCGUGAGCACCAACAGCAGAGCACUGAAGCCGGCCCUGCCGCGUCAGCAGCAUCAGCAGCGGCCGAUUAUUCUGCUCUCGCCAGACGGCCCGAGGACAAGGCAGCAGUGAGGGGUGCAGGCUUCUAUGGCCAAAGGCCCGACCCGUGGGCCCUCGGGUUCCGGCUGCUGGCGGGUCGGCUGGUGCGUGACCCAGGCAUGAACUACCUGGUGGUGAGGGUCAAGGAGCACAUGCUGCUGGGCUCGAUCUUGGCCACCACGCUCACGGGCCUGCUGCACCUCCGGAGCAUGCGCAAGCUCAUGAAGCGGGUGCCACUGCUGCCACUUGGCUGCGCCCUGACGUCGGUGUACCUCUAUGUGAUCACCUACCGACCUUUCUGGGGCGCCCGGCUCGCCAGGAUCGUGGCCAAGAUGCACCGGCUGCUGAUGGGCCUGCGUGUGGUCGUGUGGCUCCGGUCGUUCUUCGAGCGUGUGAGGGACACGGCCUUCCCGCCACACCCCUUCCCCGGUGCUGCUGUGCCAUCCUCUGGAGAGCGUGAGUCGGGCCCGUCCCCAUCUGUGGGGCUGUCGCCUUCGGGGAGCUUUUACAGCACGGCUGACACCGAGCGGGACGUGCAGAAGGCCGUGGAGCGUUGGGGCAGGCAGGACAGGAAGCGACGCAGGCGGCGUCCAGCGGUGGAUGACAUUGAUGAGGGUGGGUCUGCUCAGCCGUCGAUGCUGUUCGAGCCCAAUCUGCAGAAGUGCGGCGAGCUGCUGCAGGAUUUCGCGUGGAAGCACUGGUCUGCUCUGAGGGACUGAAUGACGGGUGGGGGGCAAUGGGGGGAGGGGAGGGAACUAUCGCUCUUGUGAGGUUGCGUGUACAUAUUUAUCGCUUGAUCCUGUGCGCCAUGCGUCUUUUUGGCUAACUUGCUGUCUGCCUUUCUGGACAUGAUGCCAUCCCAUGCAGUGCCCACUGGUCUUUCCCUUUCUUUGGUUCCUGCCUGAUUUGUUACCGCUCGAGUGAUGGAUUUCUUGCAUGCCUGCAGACCAGAUGACGGACGGAUGAUGGGACAGACUGACUGGCGCGUGUAUACUAUGCAUCGUAUCGACG